AUGUUCCCUCCAAAAUGGACAAUUUUCUUGGGUGUUCUACAAGUAACCCAAUCAUUCUCACUAAUCGAUCGAAUAUGUAAGACCAAUCGUUCUUUCGAUAGGUGCGCUUCCAGGAUACGCAAAGAAGAAAACCAUAACGAAACCCAAUCCACAUGGAUUCGCGCUGACCAGCUAUCGGAUGAAGACCAGAAAUUCUUACGGUUAGCUCGACAAAGUGGGGACGAUCCCUCGUGCAAAAAGCUGAAAACUGAGUACGAUCAAGUCUGCUUCACUCCACCACCGCCACAAGCUUUUGAGGAGACAAAAGAGUUUUGCUCUGCCUUUGUGGAAACGUGCCCUGAAACCCUCAAAACGAACCUAUUCACCCAUAUAACCGAACUUCACAUCGACUACUCAGCAUACUGCAAAAAAUCGAGGGAGCGUUUUCGGUACGUCUGCCCGAAGCCGUUCAGAUUCAAAACCUAUGCAGAACAGGCUGUAGAUUUCUGUAUUCGAUACAAAGACCGAUGCCCGGAUGAGAAAUUGCCUGAUGAGCCAGUGCCAUUCAAGAAAGAGGACGAGACCCACAUCUACAUUCGGGAGAUUCAAUCCGCAUGCAAAAAUAUGUAUCGUGGAGCUAGAACGUACUGUUUUCAUCCGGAACUGCUCAAAUACCCAAAAUACGCUAUCCCGUGUUAUUUCUACAAGAUGCAAUGUAUUGAUGUCUAUACUAAAGUUAUAUAUGGAUGA